AACACUAGAUGUUACGAAAUAAAAAAAAAAAAAAAAGGGUAGACAUGGAGAUUUUGAGCAUUAAAAGAGCACAAAACAAAAAAGCCGGGUGAAAAAGCAGAGAAGCAAACGGAGAAAAGAAAAAAAAAAAAAUAGAGGGAAUAGAGAACACGGUGAACUUCCCGAGCAGAAAAUUUUCUUUCUUUUUUUUUUCUCUUUUACUUCACUGUGGCGAUCCUUUCGCUAUAAAGAAGUUCAAAUCUGAAGUUUCAACAUUCUUUUCGCCGGAAAUUAUGUUGAAUUCCCUGCCGGCAGCCUAUUAUCGUCGGAAUAUUUCAUAUUUUUGAAAUUUAAUCUAAAAGUAUAUUAUGGAGAGAAACAGAGAAGUAAGAAGAUCGCAGGCUCCGUCAAAUGGAUUACCUAGACGUCGUCAAAGAAGCAAUAAUCUCCGAGAUUCACCUGUAGAUGGAGUGAUGGAGAUGCAAGAGACGACGAGGCUAAGAGAAAGAGCCAGCAAGAGAGAAAGAGACCGAGAUUUGUUGAAUCAGAGCAAGCGUAGCAGAGCAGAUAAGGUGGUUUUACCAGAAAGCAAUAACGGAGAAGAGGGAGAAGAAAGUACAGAGGAGAGUUCAGGUGAAGAAGACGACUACGAAACCGAGCAGCUUAGUAACCGUAAAAUCUCACCUUCAGCUAGAGUCUCCAGACAAAUACUCCCUUCGAAGGCCACUGAUGAAAUGAUUAGUUUUCCAGUUCCGAGAAAAGCUCGCUCAGCUUCGGUAAAAAGGUCACAUGAGAAUUGGGUGGCUGGAAAUGGUGGUUUUGUGGAGGAUCAAAGCCACUGCCGAGCUUCGAUUUCGCCGGCGCAUCGGAGCGUAGAGUCUGACCGAGUUUCACCGUCUUCUUCUAAUGGUUCAGUUAGAAAGAAGAUGAAGACAAAUGGACCUAAGACUCGGCUUCCAAAGGCGACCAAGUCUUCGAGCUCAGUCCAGGAGGAUAUCGAGAUUGAAAUCGCAGAGGUUUUGUAUGGAUUGUUGAAGCAAUCACAAAUCUCAAAGAAGGAAGAUAGCGCUGGAAAUCCUUCUCCAAAGCUUGAAUCUGAAGAUGCAAAUAGUUUCUCUACCGAUAUCAAGCCCUCGGCUUCACCUCAGAUUGCGUGCUCUGCGCAGAGUCAAUCCCAGACAACGGUUGUGCCGGAUCCAUUGGUUGGCGUUGCGCCAGUGAAGAAGAAAGUUGAAGCUGAGGAUUCUCCAACGCCAGUGAAACUUGAUAAUGAGCAAGGGGCAAAAAUGGAAAUUUGUUCACCAAAACAGAGUCAAAUAUCAGGACUUAAUGCGGUAAUUUCUGAGUCUAAUCCUGAUAAGAGUUCUGCUAAAAUUGCAUCAGUGUUAAUGGAGUCGCGGGAGAACUUGGUGAUGAUUAAGCAGGGAGAUUCGAAACCAUCCGUUGAAGAACCAAAUUCCGUAGAUGGAGCCGUGAACAGGGAAAAGUCAGUUUCGACUGAAAAGAAAUCCGCUAAAUUGGAUGUUGAUUUUCAGGAUUCCACAGUGACCAAAGCAAUAUCGACCAUGACGAAAGUGGAGAACCAACGUGAAGAUAAGUUCAAGAUCGAUUUGAUGGCUCCUCCUCCUACCGUAUCAUCUCCGGAAUGGGAUAGCCCUGUGGAUAUCGCAACGGAUCAUAAAUACAAGAAGAUAGAGACUUUGGCCAAGAAUGAAGGAAAGGUCGUGAAGAAAGAAUUGAGAGCAGAAGAUAUUAAAGACAAGAAGAUGGAUACAAUUAGGGAGAAGCGAGAAUCAUUAAACCUUGAUUUGGAGAAGCCACAUCAAGAUAGUGAUAGUGAUUGUUGUAAAUUUGAACAACAUGGUCAAAAACAACAGUUAUCUAAAGAUGGCAUUUCUAAAGUAGAGAUAACCGCUCAAUCUAGUUCGGUGCCAGUAUCAAUCACCCUUGCUGACUGGCCAAAUUGUGUGCCGCCUCUGGGGUAUAUGCCUCCCUUCCAGACAAUUGCACCCAUGGAUGGAAGUACACGAUCAUCCACUGCAUUGCAGCCUCCUCAAUUCCUUCUUUCUCAACCUCGGCCUAAUAGAUGUGCCAUGCAUCAUUUCAUUGCUCGGAACAUACACUUAUACCAGCAGUUCACAAAAAUGAACCAUUUUUGGCCAGCAGCGCCCGGGUCUGGUUCUCUAUGUGGAGCCAAGCCCAACAAUCUCAAUGUGGCACCAUUUGCAGAAAAUUUGAUUCUUGGAAAUCCAAUGCAAGAAAGCUUCCCAAAUGUGAAUCUAAACCCUACGGAGGAGAAAGGUAAGGUUGCAGUGAGCUUUCCUGGUCGUACCAGGAAAGAUAAAGGCUCUGACUGCUCCAAUUUGAUAGACACAGCCCAGAGGAAGCAGGCUGUGGUUCAGCAGGCUUCCCAAACAGCAUCUGCUGGUAACUUGAUGCAUGGCCCUGCUUUCAUAUUCCCUUUGAGCCAUCACCGAACAGCGGCAAAUCAAUCUGGGCCUUCUAAAUCUGCUACCUCAACUAACAAAGCAUCGAUGACUAGUAAUUCUUCAAAACCUGGAAUUUCGACUAGCUCUGCAGCAAUACCAGGAGUAGCAGCAGCUGUGAGCUUUAAUUACCCAAAUUUGAGUGCUAAUGAAGCUCCAUACUUGACGAUACUACCAAACAACGGUUACCCUUUUGCUAUAUCUGCUCCUGUUGCAAACCAUUCAGCAAUUAGAGGAGGAACCCCCACUCAAGCGUUGCCUUUCUUUAAUGGGUCUUUCUAUUCUUCUCAGAUGUUCCAUCCUCAACUUCAACAGCAGCAAGCUUACUCUCAGCCUCUGGUUCAACCAGCUUAUCAGAAUGCAGUCACAUCAAGUGGCUCAUCAUCAUCCCACAAGCAACCAGAAAGUCAGCCGCCACGGGCUGGACAAGUUAGUAGCAAUAACCUUUUGAGCUCAACAAGCAUGCAUUCACAGCAAUUGCAGAAGUAUAAUAUGCUCCCACCCAAUCAAUCUCGCAAAAUGGAAUCUGAGAUGAAUGGGGAAAAUACAACCGCAAACACCCAUAAAAGUGUUUAUGCCCAGAACCAAGCACUUCCUCAACAGCCACUCAACUUUGCUUUGGUUCCCUCUGCAACCGCGGGUGGUGGUAGUGUAAAAGGAAAUCACAGCGAGAAGCAGCCUUCGCAACUGAAAAAUUUGAAGGGUGGAGUUGAUCUCGUCCCUCCACAAGCAUUUGGCAUGUCAUUUGCCUCUUUCACGGGAAACAACAUAGCUUCAAACCUUAACUUCUCAUCUAUGGCACAAAACCCCACAAUCUUUCAUACCCUACCUGUACCACUAGCCGCACAACAAAAGAAUCACCAAGUAUCUGAAGGGAAGAAUGGAGCUGGUUAUUCCAAUCUGGAUGAUGGAAAAAAGGUAAGUUCGGGGAAGGCACAUACAACAAAUGGGCAGACUUAUGUUUUUGACAAUUCAGCUAGAUCUUUGAACUUUGUAUCAUCUCAUGUCAUUGGAAAUUGGCCUCCUCGUUCAAUCACCUCCACUACAGUAACCAUAAAUCCUCCCGUUGUUGCUAAUUCAUCAAAUUCCCAACAACAGCUGCUUCAACUUCAGAAGCAGCACAUGGUGCAACAACAUCAGCAGCAACCUGCUACAGCUUCUCGAAGCAAAACUCAGACAACCAACACCAUGCCUUCAUCUUCUAAUACUACCAACUUUUCUAGCAAUGCUGCUAUAUUCCCACAAACAUUGGCCCAAAGUAGCACCGCUGCCCAAUCAACCCCGUGGAAAAACUCAGCUAGAACCCCACCUUCCCCAGCUACCAAUGUCUCUGCCGUUAAAAAUUUUCCUCAGCAACCAACAAGGCCUCCACAAGGCCAAACCCAGAUAUCGUUUGGGGUAAAUACCAAGUCCGGCUUAUCGCCACAGGGACAAGAAAUGCCUGCGAGAGGCCUGUCCGCGUCCCCUAUGAUUGUUGGGUCUCCAUGCAGUGGCAACUUGAGAACGAGUUCAGCAAGGGGCAAAGUUGGCUCAUCAGUGCCUACACUGCAGUCACAACAGAGCGAGACUAAUUCAGCUGGUAAUGGUCAGGAGUCCUCUCCAGUGUGUGGAAGGAACGUGCCUCCAAUCUUGAGCACAUGCCCCAGCCACCUUUCCGAACUCAAGUAUUGAAAUUUAGCUGCAAUUAGUAUAUUGCAACAGCAGACGCCUUCUUCUCAGAGUCUGCAUUCGUGAAAUUUGAAAGGGAAAGGCGCGCGACACGUUAGAAAGAUUUGAGGGACCAAUCUUUUCAUGUUAAGUGACAGGCACGCAGGUUAUUGUUAUGCAUGAGGAGCCGUGGAUUUUGAUUAUAUCUGGCAGAUUCAAUAAGAAAGGAUGUUAAGAAUUGAAUGUGAAAUGAAGUUGGUUGGAGCGGGAGAUAAGAUUCAGUGCAAGACAGAAAUGUUCCGACAUGGAACUCUGCACUGAUGUAAAGAUCAAAGGCCACCAAGCAUCACAAUCGGAGAGGCUUGUGUGAGUUGGCGGGGACUGGGCUCAUUGAUUAAGAUUCAAGAGGACAGGAUUAUGUUUAAAGGAGGUUGGGCUUUGUUAAGCCUUACGCUUUUGAAGUUGAACCAAAGUGGGGACCUACCAAUGUGAAUUACGGGGCUUUAGGUUUUUUUUUUUUAAAUAUUAUUAUUAGUUUAU